UCCAUGCUACCAUCCGCUUAUUCCAACAGUAUUCCUUCAUCUCCAAUAAGAGACGCUUCUGAUACGUAACAAUUUUUCACGUUUUUUAGUUUUUUUAUUUUAAAUCUAAUUUAUAAAUUUGCUACAUUUUUUUUUAUUUUUUAAGGAAAUUUGAAUUGAAUCAGUGUUUGGUGAUUUUGAAUACAUUUUUUUCAGUUAAUGUGAUUGUUUAUGAAUAAAAAAAAAAUAAAAAAAAACAAUAGUAGUAAAUAAAUAAAAUGAUAAUAUUGAUUGAGACGAAAUAUGUCUCGUGGUCAUUCAAGUCGCAACGCGAACCGGUUGCACACUCUUAAAAUAGUUUCUCCAGCGUAGGUAACUGGCUUAUAUGAGAAGCGAUUCAAUUUAAACAUUUAUAUUAUACGUUAACAUUAAGGACACGAUGACGUCGUCUCAGAAUUUUAUUCUGAUGGGAACUACGACAAUUAUUAUUAUUAUUGGUAUGACUGUUGUAAGUUUCACAGCAGCAUGCAACGAGGCCAUUUGUGCAAGUGUCGUGAGCAAAUGUAUGCUUACACAGAGUUGCAAGUGUGACCUCGUCACCUGCACUUGCUGUAAGGAAUGCUUUUCAUGUUUAUCUUACCUCUAUGAUGAGUGUUGCUCCUGUGUUGAUUUAUGUCCAAAGCCAAAUAUAACCGACAAUCCUUUAAGCAAAAAAUCACAUGUUGAAGAAUUUGCUGAACCUGUACCAGGACUUUUUCAAGCAUUGACUGCAGAACCUGAUCCACUUGAAAGAUGGAUUACAUUUACGUAUCCAGUUGAUUUUGACGUAUCAUUAUUUCAGCCUAAAUCUGAAAAAGAGAUAAAUUAUCAAAUGCAAACUGUUGAAGAAGAAGUUCAUCAUCCAUUGAAGCCAAAUGUCAUGACUGUAAAUUGUACAGUAGCAUACAUGGCCCAAUGCAAUUCAUGGAAUAAAUGUCAGGCAUCGUGUCAAAGUAUGGGAGCGACGAGUUAUAGAUGGUUCCAUGACGGCUGUUGUGAAUGCAUAGGUGACACUUGUAUUAAUUACGGAAUCAAUGAAUCACGAUGUCUUCAUUGUCCGGCUGAUAAAGAAGAAGGCGAUGAUCUAAAAGAUCAGUACGAUGAUUAUGGACAAGAUGAUGAAGAUCUUAUUGAUGAUCUGGAUUAGGUUUAAUAUUUUAAUUCAAAAAAUCAAAUUAUUAUUAUUUUAGUUUUGUGCAAUUGUGUAAUAUUUUAUGACCUACAAUUUCAUACACAUAUA